GUCAUUUAUGCAUUGCAGAUCUAUGAAGGGGAUAACCGUUAUGCGAAAGUGCGUAAUCUGAGCGAAAGUACAAAAUAUCGUUUCCGUAUUCGUUGUGCGUCACGAGUUUCUGGUGCUGGUUCCUGGUCUUCGCCGUUUGAAUUUUCCACCGAACAACUUCCGCCACCAACAAUUCGAGCUGCGCCAACAGUUACAGAGGUUGCCUCCGGCUCUUUUCAGGUGGAAUGGUCACCUGUACGUGGAUCAUCUGUAAAUGGGAAAGAAUCACUGCUGUACCGCCUUCAGCUUGCUUCGCGAGCUUCCAGUGAGCGUUCAAACAACAUUUGGAAGACGGUUUAUGAGGGUAUCUCCACAUCAUAUUCGUUUUCGACUUCCGAAAGUGUUCAGCUACGUGUGCAGUGUGUUCGCGUAAGAGAUGGUGUAGAAAGUGUUUCGGCGCCGUCUGCUGUACAGUUCGCGACACCAUCGCUCGUGACGGUACCCAGCAAAAAACCACUGGAACUCACUGAACAGGAAAUACUUGCCGCGCAGAACUUCAGUAACGUACAGUGGAUACAAUAUCACAUUUUAUCUGACAAACACUACGCGCUUGUCAUUCUGAUGUUAUUUGCUGCGCUUGCAUUUACGGUUGCAUUAGCAUUGGAUGCAUUGCUC